AUGACUUCCUUCCUCCCAACCAACAGCGACACGGCCUGGCAGCGCGAAAAGACAACCAUCAUCCAGGCCAUCACCAAGGCGGCGCCGUCCACGGUGCUCCUCGACGUGCUGUGUGUGCCGCUCGAGGUGGUCGGGGCCGCCGUGUCGCGCACCGUCGUCGUCUGCACCAAGACGCGCAUCGACAAUGCCACCCGCGUCGCCAUCCGCACUCGCAUCGCGGCCCUGAACCCGUGCGAGGACCGCUUCGACGUCGUGUACAGGACCGGAGAGAUCACCCGCGUCUACGCCGAGGUCAUCGGGGCGAGGAGGGAGUGGAUCGAGGCUGUGUGGGGUGAGUCUCCUAUAGAGGAGGUUCAGGAUGUUGCGGCUGUUGUUGAUCAGGGGUCGGUCGAGGGAGGCAAGGUGGAGGGGGGGCAGGGAGUGGAAGCAAAGGAGACUUUGAGUAUGUUGGAUGAUCUGGUCAAGGCAGAGGUUGCCAAGGCGCUCCAGGAGAUCGAGGCUGAGGCCGCUGCUCAUCAGGUCGACGACGAGGUCUUUCAGGCGAUAGGACAGAUCGAGGCAGAGGUCGAGGCUGAGCGUCUCCCCAGGGUGCGAUCAGCAACAGAACUGUCCAAACCUUGUAUGUCAACCCCUGAGAUGCCAUCGCCAGCGGUCAGAGGAGAUGCUGGCAAAGAACAGGUCGUGUCAGACGUUUCCAGGCCAUGUGCUGCAAAAAAGCUGGCUACCAGGCCAUCUGGACUCCAGCCACCCAAGACAAUAUCAGUCAUCCCAAGCAGACUACAGGCCCCGACUAAACCUGCAUCGCCAAGGGGGCUUCCUCGGCCCCAUGCCCGAUCCCAGUCUCUCUCUGUGUGCCGGCUUCAAAGUCUUCCUGCUGCCUCCAAGGCGCAAGAUCAGCUGCAGCAGCUGCAGUCCAAAACACUCCCUAGUGCACAGGGUACGAGCAGGUUGCAGGCUCCAAGAAAGACUGCUUCGCUAUCGGCUCCCGUUCGAGCUCCGGCGCAGAGCAAGCUGGAACCGCCACAGGCCAAAGGCCGGAUUGUUCGAUCGAAAGCAAAGACGGAGCCUCCUGCUUGUAAAUCUGCAACACCACGGGCCACUAGCAAAGUGUUGGCGCCACCGCAGAUUCGAGGGCUUCCUCGACCAGCUGCGGGUGUUUCUUUGGGAGUCAGUGGUCCUUCUUCAAGGAUAGGUAUGCUUCCAAGGGCUGUCCCUCGGCCAACAAGAGGUUAG